UUCAUUUUUGGUGAUUUCCCUUCGCGUCUUCCGUUCGUCUCCCUUGCCAUUCGUUCGUCUUCCUCCUUCCGUUCGUCAGGUGACUCAGCUCAGAUUUCCUUCCGUCUUCUGUUCACGCCCAUUCUCCGUUGGUCGGCCAUUCUUCGUUCGCUUUGUUGUUGUUUGUGGUCGCGGUCGUUAAUUCCAUAAGCUUACUAGUCGUUCGUUUACAAGUUGGCGUUGCUGAUUGCUUCUGAUUUCAUUCGUCGUUCAUCUUCUUAAAUCUCUAUUGGGUUUCCUUCACUCAGAACUAUACGUGCCCAUAUAAUGGUUGGACGAUGGUGUGUGGGAAGAUGACAAACUUUUCUUUUGAAUAUUAAACCGACUUUAGUGGUAUGGCUGAUGAUAAAGUUGACAUUAUUAGGCCCUUAGUAGAAGCAAGUACAAACAGUUUUAAAAUAGAAAAGGGGGAUAGACUCAUAUUAAGGGGUCUAAAGUUUCACGGUUAUCAUGGAGUACAUCUCCGAGAAAAGGAAACAGGGCAAACUUUUUUGGUGGAUGUGGAUGCUUGGUUGGAUCUCCGGGCAGCUGGAAAAUCUGACAACUUGAGUGAUACUGUAAGCUAUACAGCAAUUUAUCGCAUAGCAAAAGAAGUUAUGACUGGACCAUCACAUGAUCUUCUGGAAUCAGCUGCAGAGGAAAUUUCUUCAAAAAUCAUGAUUCAGUACGACCGAGUAACUGCAGUUCGAGUAAAAGUUGCUAAGCCCGAUGUUGUCGUUGGUGGACCCAUUGACUACUUAGGUGUUGAAAUUUAUAGAAGUAGAGAUAGAGAUAUGCCAUUGCCAAUUUAACGUGCUUGUUGGUUCAAGCUAAUGCUGUACUUGCUUAAUGUUUUGAAGAAAGGCUGUGUAAAUUGUUAUCUGAACUGAUUUUUUAAACUGGGUCUUUAUUGCUUAUAAGAAAAUUAGUGAACUUAUCAUUGAUCAUUAAGCUCUA